CAAACACUUCCUAAAUCAAUUCAAGCUCAAAUUAAACACAUCUCUUCAUCAAGGAUCAUUAAUUGGUAUCCCUGUGUCCAUGGUGAACGUGAAGGGCCUUGCGCGUCUGAAGAAACAGGACCCGAAGGGGUCGGGACAGGGCAACCAGAAGCCCGCCACUGUCCUCUUCAAGAAAUCCGAGGGCGAUGCCGCUGCCAGCAAGAGGAAGGCGGCGACCAAGGGGUCCCCCCCGGCUACCAAAAAGCCGAAGAAGGGGGAUAUCACCGAUAAGGAGCCCCCGGUCGUGAUUGUUGAUGAGCACCCCGCCUCCGGGGUGCAUGUGGAGAAGCCGUCGGGUGGAACGCCGGCGGGGGCAGAGGAGUUGCUGCCUGAGGUCCUCCAUGUUUCUCUUCCGAGGGGGACAUCUCUGGCCAGCGGCGCUGUUGACCCGGGGGCCAUCUUGAGGGGCAUAACCCCUGAGACGGAUAGGGCUGCCCUCGGGGCUUAUAAUGAUGCGACCCUCGAGGACCACAUUCUC